CGCUUCACCUCAACGUCAAUUCAACAAAGAACUAACACAUCCUUUUGUUCCCUCUCUUCCACGUUAUUCAUUCAUUUCAUUAAGCUUCUCCAUUCAACACUCCAAUCUUCAACUGCAUUAUAUAUAGAACGAACCAACGAUAACAAGGAAGGAAAAUGUUGAUGCCGUGUUUGGAUCGGAGAUUAAAUUAGGGAUUUCUAGGGUUUUCUUUUUUGCGCGCUAUUGCUUCCGCUCCAAGGUUGCUUUAACCAGUUUCAGAUUCCGAUUCCAUUGGAGAUGUCCGAAGCUCAUUCCACGCAGAAUCGAAGCUCCGCGUACCUCGACGCGCUCUCUCAAGCGAUCCACAAGAAGCUCCAGCGGGCGCUAGCUAAUUCCUCGCAGAGGCGCAAUUUGUUGCAGGAGCUGUUUGCAGACGUUGCUUUAGAAGUUGAUGACCGAGCUAAAGAAGUAAUUGUCAACAAGGAAGAAGAUGCCAUUGGUCCUGCAGAGGAUGUCCUUGAUGGUCCAUUAUGUUUCUAUGAUGUGCUUGCUGAUUAUUUUGUACGAGUACCUGGGAGUGGAAAGCCUAUCCUUGACUUGAUUGUGCAACUAUGGAGCCAAUCUUUUUCUUCGCAUAUCUUUGCCCUCCUUUUUCACAAAUGGUUAUUUGAAGCUCAAAUUGAUAAGCCAGAAGUGCUCCUCCGCUAUUCAUCUGCUCUAGUUCAAGGAGCCACAGAUGUGUUCUGGAUUGACAUUCAAACAAAUACAAGGCGUUUCCAGUCUCUAUUUCUUUACCUUCUGGAAGAUGUUGCAUUAGACCAUAAUCGAUUGAAUAAAAUUCCUGUCCAGGCUCAGCGAGACAUGUAUCUUUUGCUCUCAAGGUUCAUUUUAUUUUACAAUUCAGCUGACAAAGUGGAUAACUUCUUGAAACAAUGUCCAAAUUUUCCAACUGCUUUUCUAAUUGGUGGUCCAGCAGAUAUAUUCGUUACUGAACUUACUGAUCAGCUUCAAAAGUUGAAGGUGGAACCGGUGCUGUUGCAUUAUCUGUCAGAAAUUAAGGUCCUCCAGGGUAUGGAAUUAAGAAUGACUACAAGCACGAGAUUGAAGACGUGUUUAUAUAGUUUUACAUCUCCUGGUGGUCCAAUGUAUCCAACCAGAGCUGUUCGUCAUGCUGCUUGGGAAGCACUAGAUUUGCUCUUUCCAGUUGGAAGAUACCCUCGGCAUCUUAUAAGUUUGUUCUUCAGGUUGCUCUAUCCAUGGUAUUGGCCGUCCUCGUGUUGGAACUUCGUGAUGGCAUGUCUUCAGGCGUUAUAUUUCUCAUUAAUAGGGUUUAUAUAUUCUACGUGGGACAACUUUACUAAACCAAAAUCGCAGUAGUUUCCCACUUCCCCUUGCCACUGCUCUGCGUGAUUUCUACAUGCGUAGAAGUUGCGCCGUCGCUUUGAAAGCCGAGGGAAAAAAUGUUAUAGAUGAAUUCGUGGCACCACGAUCCUGUGAUUUUUGCUCGGGGUCAAUGGGAUAAUACGUGUAAAACAAGUAAACCUUUGUUAAUGAUAUGUAUGAUUUGUUCACUGUAGAUACAAUAAGUUCACAUUACAAGGUCUUAUAGCAUCAGAAAAUGAUAAGACGGUUAAAUUGAUGAACUGCAAUUCGUUUCACACAAAUAUGAACAAGGAUUUGUUCACCACAGUACAUUACAUUGAGGUAUUGGGAUAGAGACCAAGACUGAGACACAGGAUCAUGUUUGUUGGUUCAGAGAUUGGUAUUAAAAUUUGUCUCUAUUCUUAAAAUUUUAAUAUUUUAGUAUUUCUAAAAGGUAGGGAAGGGACUGAAAUUUUU